AGCCAGUCACGUGACCCCUGCCGCUUGUCGCGGCCCACGGGGCUCGGGGAUAGGAGGCCGCGCGACCCGCGGCCCCAUGCCAGCGCAUGGCGGCGACGAGUGGACGGUCUUGCCGUCGGUGGACGCGGUCCCUGGCACGUCCUUUUCGGACGACACCAUGCGGGCCACGGACCUCGCCAAGUGCCGUGCCAUCUGUGCAUCGCGAGGCUUCGGCGGCUUCGUCGUCUACCGAGGCGUGUGCUACUUCCGCGACGCCCCUUCGGACGAGCUCCUCGACAUCGCGAUGCAGAAGUCUGGCUGCUUCCUGCACGUGCGGAAUCCCGGCCGGAAAAGACAGGACCUGUUCAACUCGGACGUGGAGACCCGCCAGCUGACGUCCCCAUCGCUGCAGGCGAACAGUCGAGGCAAGACAUGGUGCCAGCUCCGCGCCCGCGUUCUGCAGGGCAUGCCUCCUCGGCUCGAGGCGCGCGCGGCGCAGCUGGGGCUGCUGCGGCGGCUCCGGCUGGACCCGUGCCGCGGCGUGGAGUACAACGAGGUCACGGGCUGCCUGGGCGGCCUGUUCAUCAGCCUGGACCAGAUCAGGCAGCGGCUCCAGCAGCUCAAGGCCCAGAUGGCGGCGCUGGAGCCGGAGCGGAGGACGUCCUCCGGAGUGCCCCUCGCCGAAGCUGGCAAGGCGCUCAGGGCGACGCUGGAGGCCGUCGAGAGGC